CUGGACUCUUGGUCAUGGGUAAAACUGUAAAACCAUAAACCAGAAGUCGACAUUCUCUUUGUAAAGGACCCAUUCUCUUGGGGGUUUUGAGUCAGUAAACCUUGAGGAAUCGUCGCUCGACCGAACCAGUCGCUGUGUGCCUCGCAGCUUCUUUCCAGCUUCGAAGUCCCUAACUUUGGCCUAAUCAGGCGCGACACUCAUGGAUACCACGGAUGAGGAGGCCUCUUUGGCAAAGGACCAGGAGACGGCACAGCCUUUGCGCCGUCGUUGGCGACUUCUUGUCACAUCCUUGGCGCUCAUAAGCGCAGCUGUCCUUGCGCUUCAUAAACAAGUUCAGGGUGAGGUGGACCUCGGGCAACUCUUGGGCCUCGUAAAGCGCAAGCUCGUUCUUGAGCCGGAAACUUGUUGGGUUCCAGGAGUGUUCUAUGGAGAUCCAGCCAAGAUACCAGACACUGAGCCCACACAAGAGAACAGCGCAGAGAUAUGCCAGGAGAAGUGCAAGCGCCAAUACGGCUGCUUACAUUUUACCUACUGGCCCGAUGGAGGCUGCUACUUGACCUCAAGCCUCUCAAAACUGCAGGCAGCGGGGCUAGGCUUUUCCAAUACUGUCUCAGGCCCAAGAAGUUGCGAUGACUUGUCGCACUAUGUGGAAGAGUUCAUUACAGGCUCCGUCUUCUGUGACCAGCACUCGAUGUUUGCAGGGCCAACCACAGGUCAGCAGGAGUGCCAGCAGAGGUGUGACAACCACAAGAAGUGUGGCUGGUACAGCUACUGGCACUCAGGUGGGCAGAACUGGUGCCGCCUCACCCAGCACUGCCAGACAGUGAGUGCCGAGUUCAACAACAACGUCUCCGUCUACAAGAGGAUACAUGGCAAGCUUCAGGAGGGCGGCCUCAAGGGGACCAUCGCUCGGAGGAAGAUUGGGGUGAAUGGGAGGACCUGCGACGCCUACCCGGCCUGUCGGGCGGUGAACCUCACCGAAGGCAAUUGCUGUCCCAACAACAACCGUAUUCAUCUUCACUGCUGCAAUGCCACUGUUUCCACUGCCAAGUCAGCAAUCAAGGAGGCGCAGAAGCAGAAAACGAAGACAUUGACGCUCCCAGCCUGAAUCGAAGCCACGCUGAGUCGCAUUUUGAUAGGCUUGCCUUGUUGGGAUUUUGUGGAAGGACGUGACCUUUCGAAC